AUUUGUUGAAUCACCACAUCACAGCCCAACCUCAGUCCUCUGUUUUGCUCCCCUGUCUCUCCUCUGUUUUCAUUGCUCUGAACAAGGAAGAAGGAGAAGCUCCAGGGGCUUCUCUUCGUAACAGGGUGAAACCUCCGUCUUCGGCCUCAUUGAACCCAAAUGGAUUUCCCCUUUUUUGUCUCGGGUUUCUUGAUUUGCUUGCAUUCGAACAUUACGCGUUUAGUCUUCCAUUCUCACUAAUUCUGAAACAUCAUAUUAGCUAUGUGUGUCUAUCUGCUCAUUCAGGGGGACAUUUUUAUAUUUUUUCUUAAAAGUGGACCAAACCGAUGAAAGACAGAAUUGUUCUUGAGAUUUUGAGUUGUGUAACAUCUGUGUUCAAGUACUCAUCUCUUUUUCUCUUUCAUUCACAUGAUUCAUGCUUAUUUUCAGUUUCCCUUCCAGAAAAUCUGUUAAGAAGAAAAACCGAAAUUUCCUUUCGAACACUUUCGGCAAUCCCAUUCUCAAGAUCAUGCACAAUUUGAUGAAACAAUCCGCGAAACCUAAGACAUGGCCAGUUAAAUAGAGUCGUGUCCAAUACCCGGUACAGCAGGACAAACAAGAGCAAGGAGGACAACAAAAAUGGAUGAGCAGAAGAAGGCCAGUAGAUCAGAAGGAUCUGCUGCCGCGGCUGCCAAGAAGCUGCAGAAGAGCUACUUUGACGUGCUGGGACUGUGCUGCUCAUCGGAGAUUCCGCUGAUAGAGAACAUUCUCAAACAGCUCGAUGGGGUCAAGGAUGUGUCCGUCAUCAUCGCAUCUCGGACCGUCAUCGUAGUCCAUGACAGUAUCCUUGUUUCACAGACCCAGAUAGUGAACGCACUGAACCAAUCUAGGCUAGAGGCGAACAUCAAGAUGAAAGGCGAUGGAAGCCACAAGAAGAAGUGGCCGAGCCCUUACGCAAUUGCUUCCGGUCUAUUGCUCUUACUGUCAUUCCUGAAGUACGUAUAUCGCCCGCUGGGGUGGCUCGCCCUCGGAGCCGUUGCUGUUGGCAUCAUCCCUAUUGGUUUGAGAGCCAUGGCGGCCAUACGGAAUAUCCGGCUAGACAUCAAUGUCCUCGCCCUCAUUGCAGUGACUGGGACGAUCGCAAUGCAUGAUUAUUUGGAAGCUGCAACCAUUGUGUUUCUGUUUUCGAUUGCUGAUUGGCUCCAAUCAAUGGCCAGCCACAAGGCAAGAGCUGCAAUGUCGUCUUUGAUGAGCGUAGCCCCACAGAAGGCAACAAUUGCAGAGACAGGAGAAGAAGUAGAUGUCGAUGAGGUUAAACUGAACACCAUUUUAGCUGUUAAGGCCGGUGAAGUGAUUCCGAUUGACGGGAUCGUAGUUGAUGGAAAAUCUGAAGUUGAUGAGAAAACUUUGACGGGAGAGUCUUUCCCAGUUUCCAAGGAAAGGGACUUCUCUGUUUGGGCAGGCACCAUGAACCUCAAUGGAUACAUUAGUGUAAGAACCACUGCCCUGGCCGAAGACUGUGUGGUGGCAAAAAUGGCAAAACUUGUAGAGGAAGCCCAGAGCAAGAAAUCGAGAAUUCAGAGAUUCAUCGACAGGUUCGCACAGUACUACACCCCUGCCAUCGUGUUCGUAUUUCUAUGCGUCAUGGUGAUUCCCAUUGCUUUACGUGUUCGGAAUCGAGACUACUGGGUUGAACUGGCUUUGGUAGUCUUAGUAAGCGGAUGUCCCUGUGCACUGGUUUUGUCCACCCCAGUGGCCACUUUCUGUGCCCUGACAAGAGCAGCGAGAUCUGGCCUUCUGAUUAAAGGCGGAGAUUAUCUUGAAACUCUUUCUAAGAUCAAAACCGUGGCGUUCGACAAGACUGGUACUAUUACAAAAGGCGAGUUUUUGGUGACAGAAUUUAAGGUACUCUGCACAGAAAUAAGCCGCGACACACUUCUCUACUGGGUUUCGAGCAUCGAGAGCAAGUCUAGUCAUCCAUUGGCAGCUUCAGUUGUGCAAUAUGGCAGGUCCUCUGGGAUUGUACCAAAGCCAGAAGACGUUGAGGACUUCCAAAACUUUCCUGGUGAAGGGAUCUAUGGAAGGAUUGAUGAAAGAGAUUUCUUCAUCGGUAACAAGAAGAUAGCCACCAAAGCUGGCUCUCAAAUUGUUCCGAAUUCAGGAGGAGACAAUGCAAUGGGAGGGAAAACAGUAGGAUAUAUAUACUUGGGAGCAGACCUUGUUGGCAUGUUCAGUCUGUCCGAUGAGUGUCGAACAGGGGUUAUUGAGGCAAUUAGAGAGCUUAAGUCGAGAAAUAUUCGAACUGUAAUGCUAACAGGAGAUUGCCAAGCAGCAGCAAUGAAUGCACAAAAUCAGCUAGGCAAUGCCCUUGACCAAGUCUAUGCUGAACUUCUCCCUGAAGACAAGUCGAAAAUCAUCCAACAACUUCAAACAAAUGGACGGACCGCCAUGGUGGGAGACGGUAUUAAUGAUGCGCCGGCAUUGGCAACUUCUGACAUCGGCAUUUCAAUGGGUAUAUCAGGCUCUGCACUUGCAACUGAAACCGGGCAUGUGAUUUUAAUGUCAAAUGACAUCAGGAAGAUACCAAAAGCCAUAAACCUUGCGAGGAGAGCCCACAGGAAAGUGACUGAGAAUGUCUUCCUGUCUUUCCUCACGAGGGUGGCCAUCCUUGCACUGGCUUUUGCCGGCCAUCCACUUGUUUGGGCGGCGGUUCUGGCUGACACAGGAACGUGCCUACUCGUGAUAAUGAACAGCAUGCUCUUGUUGCGAGGGCAACACAAACAUAGGCAUGUGCAGAAGUGUUCCAGACAGUCAUGUGGGGCUCCAAAAGAGCAGAGAUGCAUUUGCGAUGACAUCUCAUCGGAUCAGAAUCAUCAGCAAUGCUGCAAUGAGAAAAGCUGCACUUCUUCAGUUUUACCUCCGGUCCACCCUCAUCACCCCCAUGAGUCAAAGGGCAAGGUGCAACAGAAUUGCUGUGAGUCGACAAAGUGUACUUCCAAGCAAAGAUGUACGGGACAAAAAGUUUCUUGUGAGCCAAGAAGCUGUAGUUCUGUCCAGAAAAGUGCCAGAGAGUGCCAUCCGAGCCAGUUCACCACAAGUGAAGGUGAGAUUAUCGAGAUUCCAAGCUCUGGUAGGAAGCAAGGGUGUUGCACCGGCAAUAGCACCGCACCUAACCGGGCCCAGUCUGAAUCUGGGACUAUUAACGCUGCUAACCAUUCCUCGGAGAGUGCCCCGAGCUGUUGCUCAGGGAACAAAUGCUCAAAGUCCCCAACCCCAAAGACCAAUGUUGUUCACGCCGUAAGUGAUGGCAUAGGCGAUGCAGACCGUUGCUGUUCCAGAAACUGUGACACGGUGAGGGGAAAAGCCAUGACAUGCUGUACCACCAAUGAUCUGGAGAAAAACCUUCACGCCCCUGCAUCUACAUGUAGGCCGAUUCAUGGGGGCCACUGUGAUCAGACCCAUUACAGUGACGAGCAGAGAACUUCAUGCGGGUUGCAGGGUUGUGCUAGUCCAGGACCCCACUGUGAAAGGGACUGUAGUUUACCGAAUGAACUGGGUCCCCAUCACACCGAGAUAGCGACAGCUCUGCAUGCUUGCUGCAGUCUGGAGAACAGAGAGAUUGGCGGUUGUUGCAGGAGCUACAUGAAGGAAUGUUGCAAGAGCCAUCAUGGCCAUUUGGGACAUCAUGGAUUCGGAGGAUGCUUGACUGAAAUAAUUAUUGACUAGGAAAAUUGGGACAACAACAAAAUAAUUAGUAGUAUUUACUUUUUUUUUCCCUUUUCUUUUUGAGCAAUUAAGAAUUUUGAUGAUAUAUGAAAAUGGAAUCGUGGCAACAAAAUCAUCAGUGAAAGGAAAAGAUCUUCUCAUGUCGCAUAA